CUGGGCAAGUGGAAUCAUUAAAGAUUUAACAAAAGGAAAAUAAGAUAUGCUGCUUUCUGUUUAAUGCACUUCUGAAAUAAAGCCUGUUUGGAACAAAAUGGAAGGAGCACAGGAACAGGAGGAUGACAGCUUUACUAAUGUUUCUUUGGCUGACGACCCAGAGCACAUCUCUGAGGCACAGGAUUCAAGAGAGGAGAAGGUUCAUUCAACUAUGAUGUAUACAGAAAUGGAUGCUGUUGAGGCUGAAAAUCAAGCAGAGUUGGAAGAGAAAACACGGCUUAUUAAUCAGGUUUUGGAACUGCAACAUACACUUGAAGAUCUGUCUGCCAGAGUUGAUGCUGUUAAAGAAGACAACCUGAAACUGAAAUCAGAAAACCAAGUUCUUGGGCAAUAUAUAGAAAAUCUUAUGUCUGUCUCUAGUGUUUUUCAUACUACUGACACAAAAAGCAAACGAAAGUAAGGCAUGGAUAACCAAAUAUAAUAUUGUAUUGUUGCUGCUUUUGUUUUGUUUUGAAUUGAAUUGCAUAGGCUACAUGAAUUAAUAUCCUAGUUUGUAGCAUCAUUGAAUAAAGAUUUAAUGACAGUUCUAGACAGUUAAGAUCAUAAUGAAUAACUGGUUUGUGCAAGACUAUAGUUUCAGCUUUUGGCAAUGUGCAAAGAUAGUGUAGAGGAGAAUAUUUUACAGUUUGAAGAUGAGUGCUUUUGAAAUUAAACUCUACCUUUGUGUUAAGCAAACAUGUUAUACACUGCCAA